GGAAAUCCAGAGCAAUCAUCGCCAUUUUGGUAUUAGUACUAGACAAGUGGAGGAGUAAAGUGACGCGGCCAGGGGCGACAGUGAAUUAAGUAGGACAGACCAGCGGUACAAUCCCUGGCCAGUGGUGUGUUUUGGGCAGACACCACUAUCCACUGGAAGAACAUUUUGCUUUUCUCCUACCUCCCACUCUUUCUCUCUUUCCCAAUUGCUAUUCAUUUAUUAACCUCCAUCACUUUUGAAACACUCACCGUCUUGGAAGACAUACCUCUGUAAUUACACACACGUAUAUAUAUAUAUACAUAUAUAUAUAUAUAUGUGUUUGUAUAUCUAUAUGUGUGUUUGUGUAUCUAUCUACCUAUCUGUCUAUUGAAUUUUCAAAGUAUCCAACGGAGAAGAAUUUAAGACGGAUAAUUAUGGAGGAUUAUUCAUCCGUGGAGCAAAACAAACGUAGACCUGAAUACGGUAUAUCAUUAAGAAGCAAUAAGGAAAACAUAGUUUAGCGCUUGUUGGAAGAUAUUUUAACAGAAAAAAAACAAUUAUACCGAGUCAAGCGAUAGUUUGAAAGGGAGAAAGAGCAGAAAAAAGGAACGAGAGAUAGAAACAGACCCCUUUUUUCAAUAGCUAAACUGUCCAGUGGUGACUUGUUUGUUUUUUUUUUGUAUGUGUUCGUUUAUGGAUUUACUUAAGUUGACUUGACUUUUUUUUGAAAUCGUGGUAUUCGUCUAAAUACCGCCUCUGAUAUUAAGAACAACAUCAAAAGCAACAACAGUGCACAACCACUGCCACUACAACACAAGAACAACAUGCUUUCUUGUCCCUUCGUAUUGGGAUUUUCAUGACUCAUGAAACAGGAUUUAAAAGGCAAAAGAAGAAGAAAUCAAAACAAAACAAAGCAGAACCCAACAAAGAUCUGUCAUAAUCUGAAACCAUCUGCUUGUAAAGAGGCAGAUUUAUAUUCACUUGUAAUAUAAACAUCUACACACAUAGAUAUAUAUACAUUCAUAUAUAUAUAUAUGUAUAUGUGAAUAUUUGUAUUUCUGCUGAACACCAUUUGCCACCGUUAUACGAUUCCGCACGUCUCAGUUGUCAGUCGCAUACAUACAUACACACACUCAAACACAUACAUACAUUCACACAUACAUACACAGACACACACACAUAUAUAUAUCUCACAAUCUACACACUCCCACACAGUUGUAUGUACUUAACUGAUACGAACAGCUUCACUUUAACUCUCAUUCCCCACUGGAGGAUGUCUGGUUAUUUUAGUUGAAAGUCUUGUGCAGGCUGCUGUGAUAGAAUUCCAAACACUGCACCUGCUAUAUUUAUCUUGUGUUUUGUAGUGUGUCUGUGAGUGAUUUCUCUCUCCCGACCCUCGAAUUUUGUGAUCAUUUACAAUAAUAAAGGAACCAACCAAACAAUAAACCAACAGACAUGGCUAGUGCCAAAAGGAAGCACCUUAAAAUGAAAACUGUCCAACAAAAAGUGAAGCUGUUCAGAGCUAACGAACCUCUCCUCAGUGUCUUCAUGUGGGGCAUUAACCACACCAUCAAUGAACUGAGCCAUAUACCUGUGCCAGUCAUGUUAAUGCCUGAUGAUUUUAAGGCAUUUACCAAAGUGAGGAAGGAUAACCACCUGUACAAUAAGGAGAAUAUGCCAAGCCAUUUUAAAGUCAAAGAAUACUGCCCUAUGGUAUUUCGGAACCUUCGAGAACGUUUUAGUGUGGAUGACAUUGAUUAUAUGAAUUCCUUGACAAAGCAGCCUGUUGAGAUGGAUUCACCUGGUCGUAGUGGUGCCCGCAUGCUAUUGUCACAAGAUAAGAAAUAUUUUAUCAAGACAUUGGUCAGCGAAGAAGUUGAACAGAUGCAUCAUAUUUUGAAACAGUAUCACUCAUAUAUUGUUGAAAUACAUGCACAGACGUUGUUACCGCAAUAUCUAGGAAUGUAUCGGAUUACUGUCAAUGAUGUGGAGACUUACCUUGUUGUUUUAAGAAAUGUCUUCAGUCCCAGGUUGACCAUCCAUAAAAAGUAUGAUCUCAAGGGAUCUACUGUUGAUCGGCAAGCAAGUGAUAAAGAGAAAGCAAAAGACCUCCCAACUCUGAAAGAUAACGACUUUGUCAAUGAUGGUGUCAUCAUACAUAUUGGAGCUGAUACAGUUUUGAAGAUUAUUACUUCAUUGAAAUCUUGCUCUUUUCUUGCCAGUUUACACUUGAUGGAUUAUAGUUUAAUUGUUGGUAUUCAUGACUGUGAGAAAGCUGAACAGGAAGCAUUUGAAGCUCAACUAGAAGCCGAAGCAGAGGCGGAAAAUGGAGAAAAUGCUGAUGGGGAAGCUGAUGAUGGACUUUUAGAGGAGGAAGAAAUUAAUGAUGUGAUGGGAAGUGUACCUACUCCACCUGAUAGUCCCCAAACAUUUGUUGGACAACCAUUCACCGGAGAAGUUGAUCCCAAAAUCGAGAUUUUUGGUAUAAAAAGUGAGAAAGAAGACAAACAAAUCAUUUAUUUCUUGGCCAUGAUAGAUAUCCUUACGAAGUACGGCAUGAAGAAACGGACUGCUCAGGCUGCAAAGACUGUAAAACACGGUUCUGGUGCCGAGAUCUCAACAGUGCGCCCUGAUCAGUAUGCCAAGAGGUUCUUGGAAUUCAUUGAGCGUUCAAUUGAGUAGUGGUGGAGAAAUACAUAAAAGGAGAGAAAAAAAAAAAGCAAAAAAAAAAGAUGGUGGGUGACUGGAGGGAGAGGGACUUGGACCAU